AUGCUCUUGAAUCCCCUCGCCGCACUGGCGUUCGUCGCCCCGACCCAUGCUCUCAUCCGAUUCGGAUGCUCGCAGCUCGUCGUGGACCGUCUUGACCCUUUGGUCGAGCCCGGAAAUGCGCCAUCGGCUCAUCUCCACCAGAUCAUCGGAGGAAACUCUUUUGUUCCUAACAUGAGCCCGGAUGUUCACGAUCCACCAACAAUGUCUACAUGCACCACCUGCCAGCCCGCAGACGACUUCUCUAACUAUUGGACGGCUUCACUCUACUUUCGUGCAAGAAACGGUACCUACAAGCGCGUCAGUCAGAAAGGCAAUGCAGGGUUUGAAGGUCAGAAUGGUGGCAUGAACCAACUUGCCGAUUAUCAACAGAAGGCGAAAGUCAAGGCUUUCCAGCCGGGUUUCCGCAUGCUAAUCGGUUCACCAACCGCAACCACAAAGGCAGAAGCGGAUAGAUACCCGCAACUCACGUAUACCUGUCUACAAGACCCAAGCACUCGCUUUCCGGAGACCAAGGCUUUCCCCAAGAAACCUUGCCCAGCAGGCAUCAUGGUAAACUUGAGAUUUCCAACAUGUUGGAAUGGUAAAGACCUCGAUUCGCCAGACCACAUGGCUCACAUGGCCUAUCCAGUAUCGGGUACUUUUGAAAGCCAAGGCCCCUGCCCAGCCUCUCACCCCGUUCGCAUGCCCCAGCUCAUGUAUGAGGUCAUCUACGAGACCGCGCCGUUCAAUGACCCUUCACUCUGGCCGGAAGAUGGUAGCCAGCCCUUUGUCUACUCUUUCGAUGACCAUACUGGGUAUGGUAACCACGGCGACUACAUUUUCGGCUGGAAGGACGGUUCGCUGCAGAAGAUCAUGGACGAGGAAUGCUACGUUAGCUGCUCGUCUAUGAAAACACAAAGCAUGGAGAAGAUGAACAGCUGUAGCGUGCCACGUAAGGUGAUCGAGGACAUCGGUGAUCAAGACUGGAUCCUCACGCUUCCGGGGCAUUCAAAUGCUACGUGGACUGUUGCUUCGACUGCUAAGGCAUUUCGCGCGUAG